GUCAACACUGUAAUUUGUGCGAAGAAAAAGUUGGUUAUUUAUGGUUAUUUUAUCGUUCAAAGUUUUGUGUGCUGUAGAAAGCACAGUAAUUAAUUCGUGAAACAUAGUAUUUUCCAGUCGUAGUUAGUUAAUCGUUGCAAUAAUGGGGAAUGAAGCUUCACUACCGAUGGAGCUUUGCUCCAAUUUUGAUGCUGAUGAAAUCAGACGGUUAGGUAAACGGUUCCGAAAGUUAGAUUUAGAUAAUUCAGGAGCCUUAAGUAUCGAUGAAUUUAUGUCGUUGCCAGAACUACAACAGAAUCCUUUAGUCCAACGUGUUAUAGAUAUUUUUGAUGAAGAUGGGAAUGGUGAAGUUGAUUUCAAAGAAUUCAUCCAAGGUGUCUCGCAGUUUAGUGUGAAAGGUGAUAAAGAAUCAAAAUUAAGAUUUGCUUUUAGGAUCUAUGAUAUGGACAAUGAUGGUUAUAUUUCAAAUGGCGAAUUAUUUCAGGUCCUAAAAAUGAUGGUCGGAAAUAAUUUAAAAGACACUCAACUACAACAAAUAGUUGAUAAGACCAUUUUGUUUGCCGAUAAAGAUGAAGACGGAAGGAUAAAUUUUGAAGAAUUCUGUUCGAUUGUCGGUAACACAGAUAUACACAAAAAAAUGGUCGUCGACGUCUAAAGUCAUCAAAUCAAAUUAUAUCAUUUCAAUCGUUCUCACUGAACUGCUGUGUCACUCACCUCUCAUCUCUAAGAUUUGAAUAACUUCUUAUUCAUUUAUUUAUUCAUAUUCAUCUAGGAUAUACUUUACCUAUAAAAAGGUUAAUUUUCAAAAAUGCUUGAAGAGUCUUUGCUUCUCUUUUUCACUCUUUCAUCAUCAAUUUGCAGCAAUUCUGCUUUUUGUCUCUUCCACCGUCUAAAUUCUAAUUUCUAAAGAAACUUUCUACUUUAUUAUUCACAGUAACUUUUUUUUGAAAAUUCUUGUUUAAUAUGAUAAUUUUUGAUGGCAGUGAUUUGUUAUUUGGUAGAGACGUACGAAAGCUGGUUAGAUCUCUGGUUGUAAGUACACAUUUGAUUUUGCUUUCUGAAUAAAUUAAGGGUAAAAAAAUUAAUAAUGUUUAUUAAAAAAUAUUUCUGGGCUAAUUGUAACAGCAAAAGAAUCAAAAUUUUUUAUCUCUUUCAACUUAUUAACACAUUUUGAAAGUAGGCUAAGUCGUAAAUCUUUCUCAAAGGAAAUUUCUUCUAUCCAUGUUUGCUUCUAUCAUAAUCAAAGAAUUGGAAUUGUGUAAGGUAGAAGUCUCAUCCCAAAAAAUAUUCCUGUACAGUUGCUGAGUAUUUCUUUACUUCAACUGUAGUCGCACUUGCCAUCAUAAAUUAUUUCAUAACUUGCUUGUGUAAUGUUUACAUUACAAAGCAAAUAAACUGAGAUGUGUCCUUCAAGUGUAUAGUAUGUAAGAACGAUUGUUUUCAAAUUAGGAUGGAAGAAAAACAAAACCAAUCAAUGAGUAUGUUUCUCUCACAUCCUAUUUUUUACUUUAAUUUAUAAUUAUUCUGAAAUAAGCGCAAUAGCCUUAAAUUAAUUUUAAAAGGAUUGUUCUGAAUUUGCAUGUACUACUUUUCUGUUUUACUUUGAAUAAUAUUCAGGUUCUAUUCAUAUAAUCACCAGUUUUUGAUUGAAAGCACAGUUACUAGUUCUACAUUUUGAUGAGUAACAGAAAAAUUAGAUUUCUAUCUGUCUCAUUAAAUGUGGCAAAUAGGGUAUCGAUGCAACGGAACUUCAAACAUUUUGUCCAAUGAAACAGAUUUUGUGGUCUGUUCCUGUGCCAAUUUUUUGUUUUUACUCUUCUAUCCAGUUAGUUGUUUCACUGAUUCCUUUCGUCAUUCGGAGGUCCAUGAAGCCUCUGAGUUUGAAGGUGUUCCUUCUGCCAUAAUACUGUAAAAAGUUUUGUUCAUGUUUUAAUAUUAUUAUUUGGUACGCAAGGAACAAUACCGCUCGAUUGCAGUACCAAAGUUCUCACAAAGCAUUGGAAAAAAUACCAAUCGGCCAUUCUGAGUGCGACUUCAGUAAAUCUUCAGAUGGCUCUCUUGAAUUUUUUUUUUUCGAAGGACAAUUCAGUCAUUGAUUUCACUCUGCAAAGCACAGAUCACUUUCAGCAGUAGUACUUGCGAACAGUUCCAAUUAAGUCGCAUCACACAAAGAAAGAGGGGAAGAAUUUUUUUACAUCUCUGACACUUUAGAAAGAAGUCCAUCGUUUUGUGGGUACAGAAAUUUUGGUCCUUAAUUUCCCAAAAAAAUUUGUGGCGCGCGGUAAAUAAUCAUUCUUCAAAAACUGUAUAAAAUUUUUUCUCCUUGUUCAUUUUACCAAAACAAUGGAUAGUACGGCCAGUUUUCCAUACUUUUAAAUUUUGAUUUUCCUGAUAUAUUGACGCCCUAUUGUACCCACCUACAUGACGGAUUGACUUAUCGGUAAACGCAACCACCUUCUCUUUUUUCUAAGCGGUAUUGUUUCUUUCGCGAUGAUGGAUGCAAGAUCUUCUCAUUCAAAAUGUGAGGAAUAACUUGGUCUAAAGAAUAGGCACUGCUUGUGAUGAAGCUAUUUUUUGUUGAUUUUUAAUUAUAUAUUAUUAACUGACUUACUUCUUCUGGAAUGUUAACGUUUGUGUCGCAAAUUGAUAAGAAGGUACUGAAUUUGAUAAAGAAGUAACUUCUUGUGACCAAGGCCAAAAAUUGCCAAUUCAUUUGCCAGGGCAUUGAAGCCUUUGCGAGAGCAAAAUUACUUUCAGAGCUUUCCAACCUCUUUGAGCGAGCCAUCUGAGGUCACUCACUUUACUGAAAUUGCUUUUAAUGGACUUUUUAAUACUUAUGGUUGUUUCGAAAGCUUUUGUUUAGCAAGCCUAUAUCCAAUGCUUCAACCUAACUUGCCUUGUCUCUACUGUCUGUCCAAGGUGUGUAAAGGAAGUGUUCAGUAUAUACCAUAACAAGGAAAAAACUACCAGACUCUGAACAGAAGUGCUUAAUAGUCUAGAUUCUUGAAAGCGUGAUUCUUUGGCCUACUCUUGGUGAAUUGUUGUAAAUAUUACCUCGUUAUAAAGUUAGCCAUUUUCUUUUGUGAAUUUGAACAUGUGCAUUGUUUUAACUUACAUAUUCUUUUACCUACCAAUUUUAUUUUUUGUUUUUCUCUCUUUAUACCCUUUUGGUCUUUUUAUUUCAUUUUGUUCAUCAUUGAGUUCAAGUAUAUUUAUUUUAUUUGUCGAUAAAGCGCAUUAUUUAUAUUCUUACCACUAUUUGUAAGAAAUUUUUUCUAUCAGAUAUUAUCUAUCAAAUCAUAAUUUAUAAAAAAAUGUGUGCUUUUCCAAUUAUCAGAGUGUUAAUAUUAUCGAGGCCAUUUAGCAGGAAAAGUUUAAAUCGUCAGAUCAUCAUUAAUGCAAGACUCUCUUUGAAGUUUGAUAGUUCAACAGCUGUAUUGAAGCUUAUGCUAAUUUGCUCACAUGAAUACAAUGAGUUGAUGUGCAAAAUUUUGAAGAACAAUGUGAUCUUUAGAUUGAAUUACCAGCAAACAUAACCCAACAUCUAAGUACCAAACAAAUGUUAAAGUACUUGAGAAGUACAUGUUUUUACCAGUUUGACUUUUAAUGUGUAUUGAAACUAGAAUUCAUUACAACCAGAGGAAUAUCUCAGGUGCCUGAUCUCAGAAUUACUCUUUCAGAAACCUCUAAUUUAAGUGAAGACCAUCGAGAAGUUAAAGUCGAAUUUUCAUCGGUCAAAUCAAGGACUGAACUCAAUGUUAGAUUAGUUUCGCUUAAAUUGAAGGUUUCCAAAAAAUAUUUUUUGGGAUUUCGCAGCUAUAGAUUGUCCUUCCUGAUGUAAUGGAUCCAAUUUUGUCCAAUACUAAGAGUAAUACCUACUUGUAUUCCAACCAAGAUUGCCACUGUCAGGAAAAACUGGAAAAUAUCAGGGAAAAUGAUGAAAGUAUCUGAGAAAAAUUGUUAAAUCAUUUUCAUCCUGCACAUCCUCAAAUGUCAGGGAAUUUCACCAAAAUUUGUAGAGAAAAUCAGGGAAUUCCAUUUUCUGUAUUUUGUCGCAACUCAAACAAACAUAUCUUGCUGGAUAUCUCAAUUUUUUGCUAUCUGCAUCCAAUGUAAUUCUCUCUAAGAUCACCUUCUCUCAGAUCAAUGCUAGAGUUUGUGCCAAAUUAAUGGGCCUUCUUUAGAAAUCUGCUAUCUUCAUUUUAGCUCUAGAGCCAGAUGCAAUGAUGAAUCUCGAUCUUCUCAUAACGUUGGUCAAUCAGUUUGGCGUGAAGUGUAUACCUGCACAGCCGGAUUUAGGCAUAGGCCACCUAGGGCGGCAAAUUUUGCAGGGUGGCAAAAAAAUAUGCAAAGAGAAAAACAAAAAUAUAGCGCCACUGUGCUGCCGUGAAGGCAGCAAAAGCAGCUUAAAUUAUGUAAUUUUUCUACACAAGGCGUAAAAGCGGCACCUGAGAAAUUUGUUUUCUUUUUUGAAGAAUGCUUUGGCACACAUUAUUUUAUUACCAAAAUGCAACUUCCCCCCUUUGCAAUUUAAAAUUUGAAAGACGAUGUUUUUUUGACUCAAAACUUUGACGGCCUAAGGGCGGCAAAUACGUAAAUCCGGCCAUACAUACCUGCCUGAUAAAAAUUCUGAAUUGGAAACUAACCAUCUGUUUAGUUAAGUUCAUUGAGCUUGUAUUAAGUAUUUCCAAUUAUGAAGUGGGCUUGAAAUUUUUUUAAUUGUAAAAUUCAUUGUUAAAUAUUUUGAUGAAGUUUAUCUCAUUUGUGUGAGACACUUGAUGAAUAUUAUAGUCUCAACUUGCUCUGAAAUCUAUUCUCUCAGUUAGGUUUUAGAGCAUUUGAAUAUGGCAUAAGUCAAUGAAAUGAGUUUAAAUAGUUAAAAAGUACAAAUCAUGUGAAUUACGUUAAGGACUUUGGCCAAACUCUGGAUUUUACAAUCAGUUUAGCUUUUAAAAUGACUUGAUAGGCAGCUGGACUGUCUUUUAAAUCCUAAAAAUGUUAGUAAAAUGCUUCUGGAAAAAAGGAAGAAACCGUUAUUUGCUGAUAAUACGCAGCUCUCCUUACAAACUCAUGUAAAGAGAUGUAGGUCAACAAUUGGAGUCACAAAAAAUUUACAUUCAAAAUACAUCAUCUUGAGAAUCUCAAACGCUUUUUUCCUUUACUCUUCAUACUUUCAAUGCUAGCCGAGUUUCACCUCCACAGUUUUUUUAAAAAAUCUUUGUUCCUUCUUGCGUAUACCUUUGUAAUAGGGUAAGCUUUCAAUAAUGCAACAAGUUCAUUUCAAAAUGUGUCAAGUGCUUACAAUAGUUUGUCAAAACCAAAUAAUUGCGAGUGCUCACAGACUGUAAUAAAGCAAGAACUGGGUUUCUAGCGGUCUAGAAAAUCAGGGAAUUCAUGGGGAUUUUUUAAAGUCACGGAAUUAGCAAAAUGUUGAAGUUCUGGCGCCAUUUGAGCGAGGGAAAACAACUUCCAAGUGCCUUCUUCCAUAAUUUGAAUGUCUAGAAGUGGAAAUUGUAUCCAAAAUUUAGCAAAAGUCAUGCAGCGUAUGUAAAAGGAAAACAAUUAAAUGAAAGUGUUGUUUGAAUGUCUGAGAAAGUCAGAGAAAUCAGGGAGUUCGAAAAUUUUGGAGUCAGGUAAGGGCAACUAAAAGUCAGGAAAUUAAGAAACGCAAAAAAGGGUGAAAACCCUGAAAAGUCCGUCCACUAGUGAUGUUGUUAACACGAGUCCAGCUUUGAUUUAUUCAUAAUGAAAGGUAUUAUAAAACAACGCAGCAGCAAUAAACUGAAAUUUUAUUAUAGGGUUAUUAUUUUUAAUCAUACUAUUAAUAUUGAACGAUUUAUUUACUACAGAGCGGAAUCCAGUGCCAAACACUCCCGAGCCUUGCUUUUCCUUGACUAUUAAAACUGCCAAAGAUUACGAUCUCUUUGCUUUAAGACCCAUUAGGAAAAUUGACACUUGAACUCUGGUAGUUAAGGACUAAAAUUGAGAAAAAGGCGAAUGCCCUUAAAGGUGACUACUAUUUGAUUAAAAAAUUAGUGCAGCCAUUCAGGUAGUUGGUGCUGUCAAAAUUGAAAAAAUUUAAAAAUGCAUCAAAUUAAAAAAUCCUGUUGGAUUCGUAAGAAGAUGAGCCUAUGAGAUUCAGCUGCAAUUUGCUUGAAGUAAAGGGGGCCCCGUGGUUGAGGCCAAAAAAUUUAAGGAGAUAUUCUGGAGCUCAAAAUAAGACUCUUAUUGUUAAUCCUUGAGCAAGGGUCAAAAAAUUGAACCCCUCUCAACUUUAAAAAAAAAUGUAAUUUUUUUUUCAUUGUGAGCCUCUUUGGUGACAAAAUAUUGUGAAACUUAGAAUACUCCGACAAAAAAUGAUUGGAUAACCCUUUGGAGAGACGUAAUAGUUCCAAACUCUGAAUCUUUUGUUUUGGUCAAGAACAUCCUGCCAAUAUUAACAUCUCUCUCUUUUUUUCUUCUUUUUGCCUAACUUCAGAAUGUGCAUGCAAAAGUCAUUGUAAUAAGUAAAAUUUCCGUCUCAAAAGGAGCUCACAGUUCAAAAAAAAAUAAUUAUAUUUUUUCACUAUUUUACACCCUUUUAGCUGAAAAUGGCUUAGUUAUUAGAUCAAUGCUCACAGUAAAAAAUGUGUACUUUGACGUCAAGAACUGCCCCACAAAUUUUUUAUUUUAACCCUGAGAACGGGCAGUCUAGGGGUGUAACUCCAAUGAUACGGCUUGUGUAACAAAUAUUCAUUAAAAAUGGUCUUAGCUUUUGAUCUACCACAUUGGGGAAGGUUUCUCUGCAGACCAGUUAUAGGGCUGAUACAAACUACAUCAUAAUCAUAUUAAGUGUAGUAGUAUUUGACAUGAUGUGAAAUUCAAUUCUGCAGAUUUCAUUGUUUCGAGGAGUCUUAAAAUUUUGACAUUAUCCACGAAUAAAUACGUUAGUUAUUUACUGAAAUUUGUAUUAUGGGUCCCCCUUAAGUCAAACUGGUCUUUAAUUAUACUCUGUGUUAAGGCAGAAAAUUUAAUGUCAUCCGAUUAAUCCUCUCAUAUGUAUCACUCAUCAGCACUUAGAUCUUUACAUUUGUAAUUGUAACUCUGGAUUAAAUCAAUCAAAUUAAACUGAAAGUUAGUUAAAGAAGUUUGAUUGAAUGAAUAUUCAUUCAGUUAGGGCAAAAGAACCUCUUAGUAGCCUCGUUGUAGCAAGUUAUUAUUUUUAUCUCAUGGCCAAUUGACUGCCUGAAACUUUUUUAACAAUUGAAAAUACCUGUUGAAAAAUUGUUGAAAAAACUUGAAAAAUAAUCAUCCAUUAAGGAGUGAUAAAUGAAUAGUAUGUGCUAAAGUCCCCAGAAUUCAUGUUUUUAGUCAUGCUUUUCUUUCCACAUCUAAAAAAAGUCAAACUUAAGAGAUCGAUCUUUUCCAAAGGGCUGAGAAUAUUUUUCCUUCAACUUGCCUGCGUGCCUGUCAGAGUAUUUCUAUUUAAUUUGCAUAUAAAACUGCUAGGAGUCUUAUCUUAUUGAGCUCGUUACAUUGUUGUUGGUUUAACAUAGUUACCCAUCUUCCUGUUCGAAGAGGAGCAAACCUGCAUUACUGAUUCUGUUUUGAAGGUACCUAACAAUAAAGCUAUUCUCCUCAAAA